AUGGCAAAAAGUCCUACAAGAGUUGGAGGGUCUGCAAAAAUACACCUAACGGAACAUCAAAAUCAUAGUCCUAGAAGACCAAUAAUUGUUAAACCGAUUAUGAGAUCUGCACUAACCCACAUUCCUGUUCGCCCAAACAACGACCGACAGAUUAAACUUUCCAGGCAGCCAAAAUCUCAGCAUAAAGAGUCUUGGAGAAACAUCGGUCCUUUGGUAAGUUCUGUUGAUUUCCCAUACACUAGACGAAUGUUCGCUGAAUCUCUGGGCAAUCGUUCAACGGUUAUCCGGCCCGUAGCAAAUAAUAGAGCAAAAAAUGUGAUGAGCAACGUUAAAGUUAGCGGAGUGAAAACAAGUAGUGUAAACGAAACAAUCCACAAUGAGUUGACUCCAUUCUCUUCACCCUCAAAUCCUGAAUCAAAAAAUCUUGUUUCCACACCGACGGACCAAAUUUCGAAUGGAAAAGGCUUUGUGUUGAAAGAAUGGACAACUCCGGCACCAGAAGAGAAACCUGAAACUUAUGAUUAUCACAAUCGAACGCCAUCACCUCUUAAGAAAUACAAAUUCACCCAGAAACUGAGGCAGCGUCCAAGACUUCGAAUUCGCCGGCCUGGUGAGGUACAGCGUGGGGAACAUACUUCUUCAGUAAAUCAAGCGCUGUCGCUUCCUCAGCUAGCACCUUUCUUGCCACCAGAAGGUCCAGAAAAGCCUCAGCGUGAAGUAUAUCCUCGUAGAAAGAUGGAAACAGAACUCAGUAGCGAAAAACAGUACAACGGAUCACCAUUCGGAAAAAGCGGUUUUGGAGGUGGCAGCGGUUUAUUCGGUGGAGACAGUGCUCCUCCUCCAGAAGUAGAUUUCAGCUCUGGAGGUUUUGGAAUUGCCGGGGCAGAACAGUCAAGAAGAAGCUUCGUUCCAGAGCAAGUUACGCCUAGAAUAGUAAAUUCAAAAACACCUGUAGACGAACCGGAACGGAAAACUGAAGAGGUUAAACCACCACCGCCAAAACCAACAGAACCGCCACCUGAGAAGUUUGUCAUCCCGCAAAACUCUGGUCUACGUCCUGUUGCUCCCCCUCCAGAAUUUCAAGGUGGUUUCGGCAACAGUAACUCUGCUCCACCAUUUGAAUCAGGACCGGGUUUCGGAGGCGGAAGCGGAGGAGGGUUUGGAGGAGGCAGCGGAGGAGGAUUUGGAGGAGGCAGUGGAUUUGGUGGGAGUGGCGGAAUAGGCAACGGACCUCCUGAGCCAGCAAAUAAUAAGAAC